CAUGGAAGUGGGGGUCUGCGCCGAGGCGUACGGCCAGGAGAUGUCCAUCAGCCGAAGGCACAUCAACAGCGCCUUCAUGACCUUCGUGGUGCUGGACCAGGAGGGCCGGCCCCGCACCCUGCCGAUGGUGGCACCCGAGCCGGGGGAUGGAGAGAGGAGGUACAGAGAAGCCAGCGCUAGGAAAAAAAUUCGGCUGGACCGAAAAUACAUCGUCUCCUGCAAACAGACCGAGGUGCCGCUCUCCGUGCCCUGGGACCAAAGCAACAAGGUUUAUCUGAGCUACAACAACGUCUCUGCGCUGAAGAUGCUCGUAGCCAAAGCGAACUGGGUACUCGCCAGAGAAAAGGAAAAGGUGCGGAUGUACACGCUGGAGGAGGACAAGUUCCUCUCCUUCCGCAUCGAGAUGUCGGUCCACAUUGCCGCCAGCCGAGCCUUCUCCCUGCUCUCCGACCUGCGGCGCCGGCACGAGUGGGACCGGCACUACGCGAGCGCAGAGCUCGUCCAGCAAGUAGAUGACGAUGACAUGAUCUACCACGUCGUGAGCCAGACGCUCAGCUGUGAGAACAAGCCACAGGACUUUGUCAUCCUGGCAUCCCGAGGGAAACCCUGCAGCAAGGGGGACCCCUACGUGGUGGCCUUUCGGUCGGUGACACUGCCCACCCACCCCGCCAGCGCCAACUUCACGCGGGGGGAGACGCUUUGCUCUGGUUUCUGCAUUUGGCCGGAGUCAGAAGACACGAGCAAGGUGGCUUACUACAACCAGGCUACGCCGGGGUACCUCAACUACGUCACCACCAACGUGGCGGGACUGUCCUCCAACUUCUGUGCCACCUUUGAAGCCUGUGAGAAGUUCCUGCUGGACCAUCGCAAAGACCUUGCUGUCAACCUGCUUCUCCCUGGCGUGUUCCUGGAAAGCCACCGAAAUGCAGCACGGGUGUCGGUGGCACUGCUGCUCAUCAGUCACACCCCAGGGGACCUCUGCCCUCAGCCACAGGCCAGCUGA